GGUAAGGUAAGUAAGGUAGGGUAGCUGGUGAUAAGAUUAGAAGACGAGUUCCUCGACGUCAUUCCGCGAUAACAUGGAAGGUCCGUUGGCUUUGCCCCGCAUUAGUCAGCAUGGGCUGGGACCUUACGCCCAUCUUUCCUCUCCAGCCCAGCCGAUCCAGACAAGGCUCAUUCGAAAGAGAGGCUCACGAUACGUUACCCAACACCCGUACAUCCGUAAGAACAGCUUCAACAACAUGGAUCAACAGGUUCCCCUCAACUAUGAGGCCUCUGCCGGCGAGACCAACAAGCAAGUUACGGCAACUCUUCCCCAAGAGGUCGUACAAUGCCUGGAGAAUGCGCGAUUCCUUCACCUCGCAACUUGCACCGAUAACACGCCGAACGUCUCCCUCAUGAACUACACCUACCUCCCGUCCUCGAACCACUCAACCGGCCCCGUUAUUGUCAUGACCACGAACCCCGCCUCAAGAAAAACACAAAACCUUCUUUCGAACCCCAAUGUCUCUCUGUUGGUGCACGAUUGUAUGUUAUAGUUAUAUUGUGGUAGUGGCUCUACAAGGUUUGCUGACGGCUUCAUUUAGGGUCUUCUCACCGACCGCCAACU